AUGAUUCGUCUCAACACCAGCACCAGCACUAACAACAACAAUAGUACCAAUGGCAGUACUCUAGGAGGAGGAGGACUCAACUCAUCACCACAACUCCGAUAUGGUUGUAUUUUCAAUAAUAAAAUUCAUCCACUCCGACAAUAUUAUCAAAACAAUCAAAUGAAUUAUGAUUUGGAAUUGAAGAGAAGUGAUGUAUUUUCGGAAAGGCUUCAUGUACAUUUGGUGAUUCACUUUUUAAGUUUAAAUAAUAUCAUUCCGAAUGUUACAAGUAUUAUUUAUAUUAAUGGAAGGUAUUAUGGUACAAUUGAUAAGAUGAAUCAGGCUUUGGAAGUUGAUUUAUUAUAUGAAAAUAGUAUUUUUGUAUCUAUUAAGGAAAUGAAUACUUUAAUAUUUAAUAGUACUUUUAAAGAGGAAAAGUUUCAAAGUAUUUUGGGAAAAUAUAAAAAUUCAUUCUUUGAUAAUAUUAAUUUGAAUAUGGUAAAGAAUUAUAUUAAAAGUGGAAAAUUGGGAUUGGAAUAUAAUGAAUUGGACAAGUUUUUAAAUGAUGAAAAUGUUAAAUUGAAUAAUGAAAUGAAAAAAUUCAAAUCAAUUAUUCAAUUACAAACAAGUGAUUUGACAGAUAAACUCAAUUAUCAAACUAAGAAUGCAAGUCCAAAGGGUGCUACUAAUGAUGAACAAUUGGUUGAAUGGGCUACUAGGCAAUUUAAAUUAAUAGAAGAUGAUAUGAUGAAUAGAUACUUGAAUAUUUUGCAAUGUGUGAAUAUUAUGAAACAUUUCAAUUCAAAUAUUUUGCCAAAUGCUGACCCAAAUACUGCCAAGCAAAUUAAACUAUUAUUUGAACUUAUUCAAGACAAAUCACUAGAUAAGAUUUCAUCUCCAGAAUUGAAAAAUCAAAGAAAAGACAUUAAUUAUCUCAUUUCUGAAAAACUUGAAAUUUUGAAAAGAAGUCAAGAAUAA